CCGUUUUGCACGUUUCCUCUGCUUUCUCUCUCUUCUCUCAUCCCUCGUGAUAGUGAUUUUCCACUCGUCGUCUCCAGAUCUGGUCGAAUUCCUCCGCCCGAUCCCACCGGGAAAUUUCUUGCCCUAGUUUGUUUUCCCGAGAAAAUUUUCUUCCAUAUCCGAAUCUUACAUUUCUCCGCGAAGAAGAAGAGGAGGACAUUCAAGGGAAAAUGUCGCACAGCGAUACCAUACCUCUUCAUCCGUCGUCUCAGUCUGACAUCGACGAGAUCGAGAAUCUCAUCAACGACAGCGUUCAAUCGGGUCCCGCCACCGUCCUCCCGGCGCGGCCGCCUAGCCCGACACGGCCUUCGAUUCCGGUUUCGUCCUCUCCGUUCAUCCAAUCCAACCUCCCUCCGCCGUCCUCCUCCGCCGCACAGAAGGUCCCGUCGGCCCCAUUGCCUCCGCCUCUUCCGCCGUCUGGAGACUCCGGAGGGUCGAAGACCAUCGGUGCUAGCGGGUUCGGGCCUCCGCCUAACACGUUGACGGAGCCUGUCUGGGACACUGUGAAGCGAGAUCUGUCGCGGAUCGUGAGUAAUCUGAAGCUUGUGGUGUUUCCGAAUCCGUACAGGGAGGAUCCUGGGAAGGCACUUAGGGAUUGGGAUCUAUGGGGGCCGUUUUUCUUCAUUGUGUUCUUGGGGCUGACUCUUUCGUGGUCAGCUUCCGUCAAGAAGUCCGAGGUAUUUGCCGUUGCAUUUGCUCUGCUAGCAGCUGGUGCAGUAAUUCUGACGCUAAACGUGCUUCUCCUGGGUGGACACAUAAUAUUCUUCCAGAGCCUGAGCCUACUCGGUUACUGUCUAUUCCCUCUGGACGUCGGGGCAGUGAUCUGCAUGCUGAAGGAUAACGUGAUAAUGAAAAUAAUCGUGGUGUGUGUAACGUUGGCUUGGAGCUCGUGGGCCGCUUACCCUUUCAUGAGCUCGGCCGUUAACCCUAGAAGGAAAGCCCUCGCCCUUUACCCCGUCUUCCUCAUGUACGUCUCCGUCGGCUUCCUUAUCAUCGCCAUUGAUUGAAAAAUCGCAGGUAAUUUAGAUAGAAAGUUUUAUUCCCACCAACAAGCGAGCUCUCUCCUUUUGUUCAUCAACUUCUUGUUUUUUUUUCUGGACCCUUUUGUCACAAACUCUGGUCGAUGCUAUAUAUAUAUGGUCAUAUUAUGUGUGAAACAUAUGGUAUGUUUUUUUUGGGACAUAUGUAAAUUGAUUUUGCAAUGUCUGACAGGUUUUAGGAGACCUGGUUGACCGAA